GUUAACGUCAACCGUACCUUAUUGACUAAAAUAAUUUCUGUUUCUUCUUCUUCCUCCCUCCCCCUUGACCAUCGCAAAAAAUGUCCAAAACCCCAUCAUCAAAAACUUCUUCCGUCCACAAUCUCUGUUUCUCACUCAUCACCCGCUGCUAUAAUCACCAGCUUCUGUUUCUCUCUCAUCCUGUAUUUACACACACCUAAACUGUCAAACACACCCAUAGAAAGACCCUUUGAAUCAUUGCAUUUCGUAUAAGCCAAGCCCUAAGAGAAGUGAAGCAAGAAUGUCGUCGUGGUUUAGAUCUGCGGUGAGUAAAGCCGUGGAGGUCGGGAACAAGAACAACCUCACUCGCACCGUCAAGAACUACGCCGACUCCGUCGUCCAACACGCUGGUCAAGCCGUAGCCGAAGGCGCCAAAAUCAUUCAAGAUCGGAUGGGGGCUCGAAGUUUCAAAAGCUUUAGACAGACUGUUAAAAGAUUAGAAGAAGCUUCAGUUUCCUGUAGGGGAGCAGAGAGAAUUCAGUUGAUGAAACGAUGGUUGGCAGCGCUUAAAGAAAUUGAUAAACCAAUCGUGGUUCCUUUGGAUGAUAAAGAAAAGAAUCCUCAGCAGAAUCAUCCUUCUGAAGAACCAAAGGAUACUGUGAAAAGGCCUUCAAUAGUUCUGUAUUAUGAUCCUGAUUUGGCGGGUGAACCCAUGAAUUUUCUGGAUGUCUUUCUAUACAGCCAAGCUUUGGAGGGCAUUAUGAUAUCUAUGAUUCUUGAACCGCCAAAUGAAGAGGAAGUCACUGUACUCAUGGAAUUAUUUGGGCUUUGUCUUACUGGAGGGAAAGAAGUGCAUAAUGCAAUAGUGAGCAGUAUACAGGAUCUUGCAAAAGCUUUCUCAAGCUAUGAAGAUGAAGUAUUGGCAAAGCGGGAGGAGUUACUUCAGUUUGCACAGGGUGCCAUUACAGGGUUGAAAAUGAAUGCUGAUAUUGGAAGAAUAGAUGUUGAAUCUUCAUCUCUUAAGGUAAAACUUGAUGGAAUGACAGCAUCCAGGGAUCUUGUAGGUGAAGGUCAUGAACCGAUCUCUAAAGAAACUACUGUCACAACUAUAGAGGUUCUGAAAGAAGCUCUUGCACAUGUUCGAGUUUGUUCCAGAUUAGAAGGGCUUCUACUGAAGAAGAAAUCUCUUAAUAGUGGCGACUCUCCAGAGAUUCAUGCUCAAAAGAUUGAUAAGUUGAAAGUUUUAUCUGAAUCUCUUGUUAGCUCCACCUCAAAAGCCGAGAAGCGUAUAUCAGAUCACAGAUCUCAGAAAGAGGAGGCACUACGAUUUCGUGUGGCCAAAUCAAGUGAAGUCGGUGAUAUAGAGAAGGAAUUAGAAGCUGAGAUUUCAGGACUUGAGAAACAAAGAGAUGAACUUGAAGCUCAGUUGAAAAAGGUUAGUACGUCCUUGGCUUCUGCUAAAGCGCGUCUUCACAAUGCCACGGAAGAGAGGGAUCAGUUUUAUGAAGCGAAUGAUCAGAUUGUUGCGCAUUUGAAAACAAAGGAGGAUGAACUUUUGCGAUCCAUUUCCUCAGGUAGGGUGGAAGCAGAUGUUCUGAAAACUUGGACCAACUUUUUGGAAGAUACCUGGGUUCUCCAACGCUCAUACACGGAGACCAAGGAGAAGCAGGUCAAUGAUGAAUUGGAGAGUCAUGAGGCCUAUUAUGUGAACUUGGUCAUCAAUCUCCUCUCUGCUUACAAGGAAGAGUUGGCACCUUAUAUUGAUCGUAUUGGGAAAUUUGUGCAUAACUUGAAGAGUCUGACGGAAGGGUCAGAAAUGGCUUCCGGUGUGGGUAAAGCUGAUUCCAAGGAACUAAACCCAAGGAAAAAUCUUGAGGAGGAAUAUCUGGACUAUGAGGAAAAGAUUAUAACAACUUUCAGUGUGGUGGAUAACAUGAAAGAGCAGUUCUAUGCUCAGGCUGGGAAAAUUUCAAGGAAGGAUGACACAAGGGUCAAAGAGCUGUUUGAUAAUAUUGAAAUACUAAGGCAGAAAUUUGAAUCUUUUGAGAGACCAGAUCUAGAUCUGGAGCAUCCCUCCUCUGAGGCAGAAACUCCUCCUGGGAUGAAACCCGAUACUCUGUUGCAUCCUCCAUCGCUGGCAACAGAGUCACAAAUAGCAGGGAAGGAUGAGCUACCCAAUUCAGAUGAAGUCAAGCCUGAGCAUGUGCUAGACACUGAAGCAGAAUUGGCGAAAUUGGAAUCCGAAUUUGGGAAAGUUAGUCAAGAUUACUCAACAGAAGAGGUCGGUGACUGGGAAUUCGACGAGCUUGAAAAGGAGUUAAGAGCCAGUGACUCAGCAACAAGUAAAUAGAUGAAAACAGUUGUGGUGAAGAUGACAAUCUGUAUUAUAUACUAAUAAACAAGCCGAUAACCGUGUAUCAUUUAAAGUUUUUUGUACUUUGUAACAUUGGGUUCCAGUCCAUUUGUUCGUGUAUAUUCUCAAACUUGUUCGACGUAAAAUGGAUCGACAACUUCAGUAAAAUGUGAAAUACAAUCAAUUUUAAGCA